UCGUGUCUCUCGUGGCGGCAAUAAUACAGCAACUUGCAACUUGCAACAUUGAAAGCAACGCAGUAACGUGCAACUAGCAACGCAGCAACAUAAAUUGCGUGUUUAUUUUGACUUUGACUUUGUGUGCCACACAAACGAUAUUGAAAUUCAAAGUUUUUUAGUUUCCCGCGCGGGUUUCUCAAACUCAAACUUGAUGUUUGGCGCCGCUGAUUGUUGAGUGUUUUGUUUUGGUUUUGGCCCUUGGAUAGUGGUUGUUGUUAUUGUUGUUGUUGUUGUUGUGUUGCGUUGACACGUGCUCAUUUGUUUUGUUUGUUUUUUGUUGCUGUGCUGUGUGGUGUCAAAGUAUUAACUGCGAGAAACGAAAGAACAAACUUGUUUAGCUAAAUUUUUGAGAUUUGGUUUCGAAAACGGCCAAAUUUGGUGACAUUUUCUUUGGGAAACUCUGAUUAAAACGGAAAGGAGGAAGCUACUAAAGAAGCAGAUUGAUGGACUACGUUUAAAUACUAAAAUUGUGGCGGAGGACUAAAAACCCAACAAAAAAGCAACUUGCAACUUGUGGAAGAGAAGAAAGGAAGCGAAACCAGAGACCAGAGACAGAGGAAAACACAGCGGCAACACCAAAGUGUUGCAUGCUUGGCACAAAAAUAGGAUAGUGUGAGGCAGCAAGGAUACAGAUACAGAUACAGAUACAGAUAGAGAUACAGAUAGAGAUAGAGAUACGGAUACGGAUAUAUAUAGAUUGAGAUCCUGCACUAUAUAGACGGGGAGGAGCGACAACGACUGGCAACAUGCCGUCGUCAGCAAUAAAUAAAACAGCACGCAGUGUUGCCAAUACGAUCCAAUUGCUGGCAAUCGUUCUCUAUUGCUGCUGUCUGGUGCAUGGACAACAGCAACAGCAGCUGCAGCAGCAGCAGCAACAGCAAUCACAGCAGCAGCAACACUUGAAGUACCAGCAAUUGCAAUAUCAAAUGCAGCAGCAAUAUGAAUACCAGCAGCAGCAGCACUACCAACAGCAGUUCCAGCAGCAGCAACAGCAGCAGCAGCAGCAGCAGCAAAAGCAGCAGCAGCAGCAACAGCAGCAACAGCAACAUCUGACACCUACGGCAACACUUGUCCACCAGCAGCAACAUGAGGAACAAAUCGACUUGCUGUCCACUCAACCAACUCAGCUCCUGCAAACGGGCGUUUCCCUCAUUGUGGAGGAUAACAAGGGCUCUGGCGAUGGCAAUGGAAUCGGAAAUGGUGGAUCAACCAAUCGCCGUCGAACCACUCAGUUGGCAACUCGCAAGCGAAAGCGACGCCCCCAACUGCCGCUGGCCACAAUGGGCGCCACGGAAGAGGAGUCUGGGCCAGAACCAACCGCAGCCUAUUGGCGCGGUCAUGUGGAGGAUGAUGCAGAAGCACUGCGAAGAAGGAAUCAACCUUUGGUUAGGGAACCCAUGGCAGCUCUGGAAAGGGACCGCGAACGGGAGAAACAGCGCCAGCGAGUGGACCCAACGGAUGCCAGUCCUCAAAGCAGUAAUCCCAGCAAGGCCUAUCGCCGUCCAUAUGGGCAGGCCAAAAAGGAACCUUUGGCCGAUGCAGGCGUGGCAAGUCCAACCAAAACCUCUGUGGAUCUAAAGAACAUCCUGAAGAAUUCCGGAGGCCUGAGUCUCAGUGAAAUCCUGCAGCAAAAGAAUCUUUCAUUGGAUGAUCUUCUCAAGGGUAAACAAAAUGCCCUUUUGGCUCUGCAGACCACAGCUGUUGCCCCACCGGCAUCCACCUAUCCCUCCUCUGCCGCGAACCGAGGAGGAGGAGAUACCCAGAAGAAGUCACCCAGCCAAGCAAAUAAACAGGGCGUAAGGAGAUUACCUGCUGCGUACACCACCAGUAGCACCUCUGGCAACGAUGAGGAUGAGAGUUUGAUCAACAAAAACAAGGCCAAGUUCCCCACCGCCCUGCAGCGCUUGAAGCUCUUUGGCAGCUCUUCGCGGGAGAGCAGCACCACAAGACGCAUUCUGGGCGGAAUCAAUGGCCACAGUAGCACCACUAUGGCCACUAGCAGCACAACAAGUAGUAGCACCACCACCCGCGUGCCAGUCUACAAGAAGCGACAACAUUUGCGGUCCACCCUAAAGCCACCGGGACUCUUUAAGCAGAUAACUAGCACCACCACGGCAGCGGCAGUGACCACCACUCAAGAAGUGGAGACCAGCACGGCUUACUCAACUACCACGGUGGCUAGUAUCUUGGAGGAAAGCCAAGAGGAGGAGAGAGAAAACUCGGAGGAAAGGGAUAGAGAAGACGAGCAGGCUGAGGAGAGGCUCAAGAAUGACGAGCAGGAUCAAGAUCAGAGUCAUGAGAAUCAGGGGCCUGAAGAACACGAAGAACAGCCCGAUUCCAGUGAAGCCGAGUCGGGGGAAAGCAAUUCCCACACCGAGGCACCAGAACCACCACCUGCUUCUUCAUCCUUGCCACCGGGUAAUCCCCGCUAUCGUUUGAGAAACGCCAGUAUCAAGGAGGUUCAGAAGCGGCUGAAGGAUAACUUUAUAGGAGGAAACAUCGGUGACAGUGCCGAAGACCUGAAUCUGGUUGGCAGUGGGCCAAGCUCUACUACAUCAGCACCGCCUUCGACUAAAAGCAGCAGCAGCGAUGAGCUCAGUUACGGAGAUGACGAGCUGGAGAACUUCUUUGACGAAGUGGAGAGUCAUACGCACCAAACUCGAGUGCCAGCACCACCUGCCCUUGCACCACCAGCUAGAUCACCAACUCCAGCAGCACCAGCACCCUCGCCCUCCUUCGAGCCACCAUCUUCCUAUGCACCACCACCACCACCCUCGUUAUCGGCGGGAAAGCCAUCCCAGUUAAACAUUAUAGACGAUGUGGACGAUCGCACCGAUCUGCUGGAACUUAUAGAAGAUCGGCGAUCGGGUAACCGACUGUUCAAAGUCCUGGAACAACGAAACAUGACCCUUGAGGAGUUGAUAGAGCAUCGAAAACGCGGCUCCAGCCAACUACACCUCUCCACUAUCGUGAGCGGCGGUGAUGAGCACUCCCGCUUGUAUCCCGGCCAGAAAGUUCUGCUCCAGGACAACAUGGACAUCGUGACGGCCUUCGAGAACUUUCCGCACUUCAAUCUAAUGGAUCUGAAGAGCGUGAAACCAGAUGAGAUUAAGACGGAUUCGCAGGGCUCCAGCUACUUCACCUCCAUUAUCGAUAUCGAGCCGAAUGACGAGGUCAAACCGAUGGGAAGUCGAGGUCCCGCCUACGCACAGACAUCAUCGGCGACCAUUGGAGCGGGCACGGGAACGAUAUCCAUCAAUUCGCGAGGUGAGAAGUCGCUGGGAUUCUUCCCAUCGUGGAAGACUUUAGCGCUAGCCUCCUUGGCCACGGCCACGGAAGAAAGGAAUCCCUAUUUUCUCCCACCGCCACGACUGCUGCUCGAAGGCAGUUCCCAGGAGGUGGACCCGAAUCCUGAUUCAGAGCCCACGAGCAUCGACAUCGAUUUGAGCGUAAGUCCCUAUGGCGGCAGCAACUCCUCGAUAAUGGACAACAGCCGACUGCCACCGAACAAUGAUAUCAUCGAUGAGAUCGAGAAUGAGGUGGCGCGAGCCCACGAUCUUAUGGAUCUGGAGCUUUCCGGUCCGGGAUUCCAUCGCAGUCCAGCGGCAGCGGCGGCUACAUCGGCCGUAUCGCAACAGCACCUGAGCAGCUUGUAUGCCAGCAUGCCAUCCGGGAUUAAGUCAGCAAUUGUGGCUAGCACAGCGAUUGUGGUCACGGCUUUGGCCACUUUUCUGGUCAUCUUCGUCGUCUGUCGAUGGAAACAGCAGCGCAGAAGGAAGAGCAGCUACCUGCGAACCUACAAUGCGAUGAAGAGCAAGCUGCCACAGAUGGUGCAGCCAUCGCGUCGUCCCUCGAUACGCCAGCAUAUGGAGGAGCUGGUCAUUGGAUCCGGUUCGGGAUCAGGAUCGGGAUCGAAAACGGGAUCGAAAGCGGGAAUUGCCAGCAUUUCCACUUCGGUGGCCUGUUGUACGCCCGUCCAUCAACUGCAGCGGCAGAGUUCUCUGCUCUUUGCCCGCGAUGGCUCGGCAACUUUGAGCACCGCCACCUCACUGACCACCAAUAGCACCACGAAUACCAGCAUUGCAACGGGGGCGCCACCACCUGCCCCGCCAGAGGCUUUGAGUGGGCGUGGCCUGGCCAUUUCACUGAGAAGUGCUCACCAGAAACUGAACACCAUGGAUCCCAAUUCGCCGGAGGUGCAGGAAUAUCUCUUUGACACGCUGCGCAAAUCCUUCGACAAUUAGGCAUUAGGCAAUAGGCUCCUCUAGUAACAAUAGACCGUUGUUUAGGCCAAGUUUUAUAUAAAUGUACACACACACACACACACCAUCACAUUCCCCAACAAACACACACAAACAUACACACUGAACGCGAAGGAGCAAAAGUUAGUCGAUUAAUUAGUUUAAGCAGGUAGAGGAGGUGGAAUUUUUUUGAGCUCGAUUAGAGGAACAUUCUGUGAGAGAAAGUAAAACUAACAAAACAAAAAAAUAAACCUAGAAAACACAUUUAGACAGUGCGUGGCAUGGCCAUAAGGUGGUUUGGAUUGAUUGGCUGAAACAAAUUCAGAUUUUUGAAGGAUCUUUGACAGAAGGAGGAGUUAACCCCAUGAUUGAUUUAAAAACAAACGCCCUAUGUUUAUGCCGCGCACUGUUGCUAGUCUCUAAGCUCGUCAAACUAUCGUUUCCAACUAUCUAGAUCUAAUGUACGGAUAAACCAUCAACUAAAGCGACUCUUUCAACUAAAUCAUAGGACACGGCAUUCAAAUGGGUUUCUUAAGCACGAGAUAAAAACGAAAAAUGAAAAACUAACUUAAACAAUGAGAACGAGAACAGAAUCUUAGCCAAAAAGUACAGUUGUGUUCAGGCACUCCCCCCACGGAAAAGCCCAAGUCGAGGAUAGAAGAUGAAAACCAUUUAUGAGGACAAUAAAUAUUAAUGAGAGAAAAACGACAACAAAAAAUAAGACGAGGAAAACUGAGUUCGAUACGAUUUAACCAAGGCGAAAAUUUCUUUCUGGCACUGACUAAAAUACCAAAAAUUCUAUUCAAAUUAGAUCAAGGCGAAGCAUAGAUGGGCGCUAGAUGGGCGUGGUCAUUAGCACAACAGCAAUACCAAUACCAAGAACAACAACAACAACUACAACUACAACAACAACAAACAAAAGCAAACGACAACACUAAUAGUUUAAAAUGUUCAAAUGCACUGCAAAAAGCAACAAGGAAAAAAUAGAAGAAAAACUUGUGUUUGUCUCGUAGAGCAGGCACUAUAUUUUUGAUUUGAUUUGAUUUCGUUACCACCCCCGCCCCCUCUCACUAGGCAGUAGAACAUCUGGCGACAGAAUAUAUAUAUAUAUAUAUAUAUACAUAAUAUAUAUUUAAGCACGCUCAAAU